GCUAUUUAUAGAGACUCUCAUCUUCACAAAGAUAGCUCAAUUCAAACAUACCCUCAAGCUUUUUUAACUCUACAAACAUGUCGAGAGAGCGAUAUAUCCAUUCCCUUCUAACACUUUCUCAUCUUCUCAUUUGUAUCUUCAACAGUCUUGUAGCUGCAAAUGGUGACACACAAAAGGAUUUACAGGAAUUUUACAUUGUGUUCUUGAGAGAUCAAGCAGUUGAUGAUGUAGAAUCUAUACAUCAGACACAUAUCAAUGUCCUCUCAAAUUUGAAGGGAAGUGAGCUUGAUGCUGAGGAAUCCCUUGUACACAGCUACAGUAGAAACUUCAAUGCAUUUGCUGCAAAGUUACAUGAACAUGAAGCCAAUAAAUUAUCCAGUAUGGAGGGGGUGCUUUCGGUUUUCCGAAACCGGUAUCACAAGCUGCACACAACAAAGUCCUGGGAUUUUAUUGGGUUGCCUAUGACAGCAAGAAGAAAAUUAAAAAUAGAGAGCAACACAAUUGUGGGUCUAUUAGAUACAGGGAUCACUCCAGAGUCAGAGAGCUUUGCAGACAAUGGAUUCGGACCUCCACCAGCCAAAUGGAAAGGAAGCUGUGGCCACUUUGCCAAUUUUUCAGGGUGCAACAACAAGCUUAUAGGAGCCAAGUACUUCAAGCUAGAUGGAAAUGAAGACCCAAGUGACAUACUCUCACCCAUAGAUGUGGAUGGCCAUGGAACUCACACCUCCUCAACCCUAGCUGGAAACCUAGUCCCAGGUGCAAGCCUCUUUGGCCUUGCCAAAGGCACUGCUCGUGGGGCUGUGCCCUCUGCUAGGGUUGCUGCUUACAAGGUUUGUUGGGCUAGCUCCGGUUGCUCCGACAUGGACAUCCUGGCGGGCUUUGACGCCGCCAUUAAUGACGGCAUCGAUGUCAUUUCCAUCUCCAUCGGAGUCCUCCCCCUCUGGGGGGAUUACGUGACGGACUCAAUAGCGGUUGGGGCGUUUCAUGCUAUGAGAAAAGGGAUCAUAACCGUUGCUUCUGCUGGAAAUGAUGGGCCGAGGAAGGCUACGGUGGCAAACAAUGCUCCGUGGAUCUUUACAGUGGCCGCUAGCGGCAUCGAUCGGCAGUUCAGGAGCAAUGUUGUGUUGGGAAGUGGCAAAACCGUCUCAGGGAUUGGGGUGAACAUAUUUGACCCAAAGCCAAAAUUGUACCCUCUCGUUGGAGGUGAUGCUGUUGCCAAAAACUCUGCAAGCCCAGACGAUGCAAGGUACUGUUCUCAAGAGUCAAUGGAUCCUCACAAGGUGAAGGGAAAACUAGUCCUAUGCAAACUAGGAAUGUGGGGACUCGAGUCAGUAGUAAAAGGAUUUGGAGGGAUUGGAGCCAUCAUUGCAACUGAAGAAUAUCUAGACAAUGCCCAAAUUUUCAUGGCACCAGCAACUGCGGUCAAUACCACCAUAAGUGACACUAUUGGCGAAUAUAUCAACACCACAACAUCACCAUCAGCAGUGAUAUACAAGUCCCAAGAAGUUAAAAUCCCAGCUCCAUUCAUUGCUUCCUUUUCAUCUAGGGGUCCAAAUCCAUGGUCAAACCACCUCCUCAAGCCUGAUAUUGCAGCACCUGGCAUAGACAUUUUAGCAUCAUAUACCCCUAUGAAGUCACUUACAGGGUUAAAAGGUGACACAAUUCAUUCAAAAUUUACACUAAUGUCUGGGACUUCCAUGUCAUGUCCACACGUCGCUGGAGUAGCUGCUUACGUGAAAUCAUUCCACCCCAAUUGGUCUCCUGCAGCGAUCAAAUCCGCUAUCAUGACCACAGGUAACAAAACAAGCAACAUUUUCUUGUCUUCUUAGUUUUGAGUAACUUGGAAUAUGGUCUUGAU